CGGCGAGAUUUCGUUGCGGACCAAACGUUCGGCCUUCUAUAAAAAGCAGCGGAGCCGCCUCCAUUAGUUCCCCCCACCAUCGUCAUUUCUGUCCACGGAGAGCUCGGUCUCGUUAGGCCUUCAAGUUCUUGAGCAUAUUAAAUUUUAUCCUAAGAUGGCAUCGGCAGCAAUCACAACUGUGUCCAUCAGUUCGAUAUAUGCUCAGACUGCUUUGGGAGCAAAAUCCAAGCCCAUAGGCUUGAAUUUUAGUAGCCCAAAAUCCUUCAAAAGUUUUAGUGGUCUGAAAGCAGCAGCAUCAAUUGGAAUUGAAUCAGAGACAUCCUUUCUUGGCCAGGAAAGCAAAGCUGCACUCCAGGCAUCUUUUGUUCCAAAUAUCAAACCAAGACAGAGGUUCACAAAGCAACUCCAGCCCCGAGCAUCGACUUAUAAGGUGGCUAUCCUUGGGGCUGCUGGUGGGAUUGGUCAACCCUUGGCACUUCUUAUCAAGAUGUCUCCACUGGUCUCAGAUUUGCAUCUUUAUGAUAUUGCAAACGUGAAAGGGGUUGCUGCUGAUCUCAGCCAUUGCAAUACUCCCUCCCAGGUUCUUGAUUUCACCGGACCAUCAGAACUUGCCAAUUGUUUAAAAGGAAUGGAUGUGGUUGUCAUCCCUGCAGGUGUUCCCAGGAAGCCAGGCAUGACCCGUGAUGAUCUAUUCAACAUCAAUGCCAACAUUGUGAAGACAUUGGUUGAGGCUGUUGCAGACAAUUGUCCAGAUGCUUUCAUCCACAUCAUCAGCAACCCUGUCAACUCAACUGUCGCAAUAGCUGCAGAGGUUCUCAAGCAGAAGGGUGUCUACGAUCCAAAGAAGCUUUUCGGUGUCACAACUCUAGAUGUUGUUAGAGCUAACACUUUUGUUGCAGAAAAGAAGAAGCUCAGGCUCAUUGAUGUGGAUGUUCCAGUUGUUGGGGGUCAUGCUGGCAUUACUAUCUUACCACUGUUGUCGAAGAUGAGACCAUCAGUGACCUUCACAGAUGCAGAAGUUGAAGAGCUAACUGUGAGAAUACAGAAUGGUGGGACAGAGGUUGUGGAGGCGAAAGCUGGUGCUGGAUCUGCUACCCUGUCCAUGGCCUAUGCAGCAGCCAGAUUUGUUGAGUCAUCUCUCCGAGCAUUGGAUGGAGAUGGAGAUGUCUAUGAGUGCUCUUUUAUUCAGUCCGAGCUAACUGAACUGCCUUUCUUUGCAUCAAGAGUUAAGCUUGGGAAGAAAGGCGUGGAAGCUGUGUUAUCGGCAGAUCUGCGGGGGCUGACGGAGUACGAGGCAAAAGCACUGGAAGCUUUAAAGCCAGAGUUGAAGGCCAGCAUUGAGAAGGGUGUGGCAUUUGUGCAGAAACAGGGAGCGGCAGCUGCAUCUGUCUGAGGUUUUCUACUUUCUGUUCCCCCAAAACAGUCAUAUAAGAACGGAAUAAAUAUAGUCAUAUAAGAACGGAAUAAAUAUAGCGCCAUUCUUAAGAGCUUUCGGUUUUGCGGCAUAGAAAAUUUUCUGGUUUCCAUUCUGGAGAAAUGCUGUUGAUGGCAUGUAGGAGAUUUCUGGGUUUGAAGGAUGCUAAUGAAGAGAGAGUACAUUACUGAUAUGUUAGGGCAUGUUAUCAUGGUUACAUGGAGAUCUCUCAGUAUUUCCAUGCAACUGAUUUUUUUUUUCUUGUUGUGUAGUUGCUUGUGUUGUAAUUUUAAUGUUGUUCAAUUUAAAGAAGUUCAGUACCCAUUCAGUGGUCAGAAAGGGGCAUAUAUCUUGACAAGAAUUUGUCUUCUG